CCAGAGGUCAUUGAGUGUAUAUGUUUGUGUGCUUGUGUAACUGAUAAAACAUCUUCCGGGACUUAAAGUAACAUCUGUAGCAUUCGUUAUCACGUCUUAACCAGGCAUCAUGUCUUCGGUUCAGAUGUCGGACGGUUCAUUUCGGGUGGAUAUCUGCGGAGAUCAGACGCUGUUUUAUCGUCAGGCUCUUCCGUCCGGUGGUACCGGAAAGCUCUCGGUUCUGCUGCUGCACGGGAUCCGGUUCUCCUCCAGGAACUGGUUGGAAAUCGGAACUCUGGAGAGUCUCGCGGCCGCGGGUCACCGAGCCGUCGCUAUUGAUCUGCCAGGUUUGGGUCAGUCUCAGACAGCGGUGGCUCCGGCCGCAGUAGGUGAACCCGCCCCGGGUGAGUUUCUGCGACAGGUGUGUGAAGCUCUUCAUAUGGAUCCUGUAGUGAUCAUCAGUCCCUCUCUGAGCGGCAUGUACUCGCUGCCGUUCCUCUUUCAACACUCCGAACGGGUGAAAGCCUACAUACCUGUGGCUCCCAUCUGCACAGAGAAAUUCACAGCCGAACAAUACAGCAACAUCCAGACACCAACUCUUAUUGUCUAUGGAGAUCAGGACAGUCAGCUUGGGGAAGUAUCGCUACGCAACCUGAGCAAUCUACCCAAUCACAAAGUGGUGGUGAUGAAGGGGGCGGGGCAUCCUUGUUACCUUGACGAUCCAAAGACGUGGCAUAACGCAAUCCUGGAGUUCUUGCAAUCGUUGUCGUGAUUUAAACACAAGUGUGCUCAUCUCACGUUACAGGAUUAUCGGCCUGAAUUUACCCCAAUAUUCCCCUCCGAAGAAUCAGAAGUUCACAGAUCAAAUCUUUGCUCACAAGCAAUUUGGGGCCACCAGAUCCCAUUUUUAAAUUACAUCAUUACUUUAGCCAAUGAGAGAUGGAGGAGAAUAAUAAUAAUAAUACGUUUAUUUCAUGAAUGACAGACCUUUUGAAAUAGCAACUGCAAAACAAGCUGCUGUACUCGACUGCAUGAAUAAAGCAUCACGCGUCAAAGCGUAUCAUGAUCGAUGCCUCAAAAACAAGAGCUGAGGAGACAUCGCCUCGGUUUGAAACACAUAAAGAAAGCUGCGUGCGUACUAGUAAGUGGAUGUAAACAUUAAAAUUAAUAAAAAAAUUGUCACAAUCUCCAUCCGUUUACAUUCGCUACCCUUUGAGGUGACGUGAAGGUCUGGCACGAUAAUCUUAAUAAUAUCCUGUAGUGUGAGCGUGGCCUUAAUCGAGCAAUUGAAACUUGAUUUAUAUGAAAAGGUUUAUGUCCAUUUGCUGCUUAACAAAGAUUACAAAAAUGUAAACUCAAGAAUAUGAUUUUAUGUUGAUAUAAUAACUUUAUAAGGUGCUUUGGUCAGAAUAAACAAAUGGCAUUGGU